AUGUCGUAUCACUCCAAACACGCUGCUAGUUAUCUGCGGAUAUUGGAUCCUUUGAUACUUGAGUUUUAUUUUACUGAUGCAGAUUCAACAAGUUUUGAGCACUCGUUCACCAUAAUUGAUAAUAGUGGCCGGGUUUUUUCCAUGAGACAUGGCAGGAAGGUGCCCAAACUGAAUAGACCUCCUGACCAGCUUCGGGCACUUUUGAGUGGUCUCACAACUCAGCUCCUCAAGCAUGGGCAUAUAAAGACCACUAAAGCAAGGGCGAGGGCAGUGAGAAAAUAUGUUGACAAAAUGGUCACGAUGGCAAAGGACGGCUCUCUUCACAAGAGAAGACAAGCUCUCGGAUUCAUCUAUGAGAAGCAAAUAGUACACGCAUUGUUUGCUGAAGUCCCGGAAAGAUAUGGGGAGAGGAACGGAGGAUACACUAGAAUAAUAAGAACUCUACCUAGGCGAGGGGACAAUGCACCAAUGGCCUACAUCGAGCUUGUCUAGCAACUGAAUAUUCAUUUUGAAGGUUGAUUUUGGUUGGUUCUUAAUUCUGAUGAGAACUAAGCAAUUUUGUUAGUUCCACCAAUUAUU